AUGGCUCCGCCUCACAGCCUCCCCCUGCACUCCUCACGCGGCUUCUCCAUCUUUGCAGCCUCCGGCCUCUCCGCUUCGUUAUCCGCCGCGUGCUGCGUGCUGCUUCUCGCCUCCGCCUCCUCCGCCGCCUCCGCCGCCAACCCCGCGUCGUCCCUACUACCGUCCGCCCGGUUCGCCCUUUCAUCUUUUCACCAGCCGGAAUCACGCGACGAUGAGCCACCAUCGUCAAAUCACGGCUCGGCCGACUUCCCUAGUACCGCCUGGUCGCUGCUACACCCGUUUCUCGACCUUGACAAUUCAGACGCUCUUGGCGGCGACUUGUCACGAGCAGAACAGUCGCACGCGACACGCUCCCCGUCGCAUCGCCUGCUCGUCGCACAGCAGCAACCCAGCAUCGCCGCCGCGGGCGUCGCGACGGUUGCUCGCGUCAACCCGCCUUCGCCGCCGCCUCCGCCGCCGCCGCCAGCGCCGCCGCUGCGCGAGGUGGAGCUCGACCCGUGCGCGCUGCAGGCGCUCCUUCCGCAGCUCUUUCCGCCCGCCCUCCUCGACCCCGCCUGCUUCAACCACCUCUCUCUGCACUCCGCGCAGCCCUCCCACCCGCUCGACUCCCCCCCGCACGCCAGCGCGUCCACUCCGUUGAGCGACAGCGACAGCGGCAGCGGCGGUGGCGGGGGGGACGAGCCUGAGACGGCGACGCGGGGCGAUCUGCUGGACGUGGCGCGCAACAAGUGGCGCGCCAGCACCGUGUGGGCGCCGCUGGAGGCGGAGGGCAGCGCGGAAGGCGCGGGGGGAACGGGGGGAGCGGGGGUAGCGAGGGUAGCGGGGGUGAUGGGAGGAACGGGGGUCCCGGGAGGAGCGGAGCCGGCGGCGGCGGCGGCGGCGGCGGCGGCGGCGGCGGCGGCGUCGACUCUCACCCCCCCGAAUGAAGUGAUCACCGUGUGCCGCUCCGCUGGUAGAGCUCGCAUGGUGACUGCCGAUGGGUUGAGAUGGGCGGAGAAGGUUCGGUUAUUUUUCCCCCUCUCCGUUCCCGUUUUCCCCUUCCCCACUCCCGUCUUCCCCCUCCCCACUCCCGUUUGCCUGCAUGGCCAUCAUCCUCCCCCCUCACUCCCCCUCUCUCCCUCAUCGCCACCCCCAGCCAGCAUGACCUUCACUGCCCAGCCAGCAUCACCAUCAGUCCGGAUCUCAGUGGGCAGACCUGGAGAGGCUGGGGCACGUCGUUGGCGUGCCCCCCCUGCCCUCUCCCUGCCUCCUCCCUGCCCUCUCCCUGCCCUCUCCCUGCCCUCUCCCUGCCUCCUCCCUGCCCUCUCCCUGCCCUUCCCCUGCCCUCCCUCUGCCCUCCCCCUGCCCUACCCCUGCCCCUCCCCAUCCCCCAGGACUGCCAACUACAUUGGCAAGCUACCGGACGACCAGCUGACCACGCUGCUGGACCUGCUCUUCUCACCGUCCACGGGAAUCGGGUUCAACCUCGCUCGCUACCUGCUGGGCGCCAGCUUCAACGCCACCAACAGCCCGCAGCUCACCAAAGACACCUUUCACCAGGUCAACCUCCCCGGCUACAAGCCAACCGAGGCCGGCCCGUACGACUGGGCGGCGGACUGGCGGCAGCGGAAAGUGUUAAAAGGAGCGAUGGAGCGCGGUGUAGAUGAGGUAGAGGCGAUUGCGUACUCUCCGCCCUGGUGGAUGACCAUCAGUGGGGACACCGCGGGGAAUGUGGGCGGAGCGUCGAACCUCUCACCAGAUAGGUACGGUGAGUUUGCCGAGUAUCUAGCGACCAUAGUGGACUAUUUCCGGCGGGAGUGGAACGUGACGUUCAGCACGAUGAAUCCGGCGAAUGAGCCGCUGGAAGGGUGGUGGCAGCAGGGGGGGAAGCACGAGGGGUGCACGUUUACCGCGGCUCAGCUGGAGCGGCUUUGCACGGCCGUGGCGCGCGCGCUGCAGCGGAAGAAGCUGCCGACGCAGGUUGCGGGGUUUGAUAGCUUCGUCGGGUUCACGGUGCGGAACGCAAAGACAUGGACCGGGCAGCUGCUAUCCAGCCUGAAAAGGAUCUCCGUGCAUGGGUAUGUCCCCCCGCCGCCCACCACAACGGAUGCCAGGGAGUUUAUAGAGCAGCUCUAUGUGUGGUUGGCGCGGGUGGGGAUGGGCGUGGGGAAGGAGGUGUGGGUGUCGGAGAUCGGCCCGAUGUGGGCGGGAGGGGAGGACACCGACGUGGGGUUGUUCAUGAUGCGAUCGGCGAUCCAAGCGAUCAACAUCAUGGGUGCUUCGGCGUGGAUUUACUGGCAGCCGAUCACUCCGGACCUCCCUACAAACCCUAAUUCGUUCCGGUGGGGGCUGCUUACGAUAAAGCACAACGGUGUUUCGGACCCUACGGUCAUUCCGCUGGAAAUGACGUUUUCAAAAAAGUUUUACAUGAUGAAGCAGAUGGCCCGGGCGUCGCCGCGAGGGAGUGUGCCGCUGAGAAUAGACACGAGCGACGGGUGCCACCACUGCAUUGCGUCGUUCUUCAACCCCGAUAAGAACUUCAUCUCUAUCUAUAUAGUGAACCAGGAUGGUGGGGACUACAGUAUUUCAUUCAAAUUCGAGUUUUUUGGGCUGAUGGACGGGGCAAGCCCGUGUGUGGUGGAGGUGCAACGGACGUCUGAAAGCGAGGAUGCAGAGGUGGUUUCCACCGAUAGUCUCACUGAAAUGCCGCAGACUCUGCCUGUGACCGCAUUAGGCAGAAGCAUCACUACUAUAAUGAUAUCCAAUGUUGUAUGGUUGUAG